ACUUCCAAAACAUUCAUUCAUUCGCCAAUAGCUUGAAAGGAUCGGCCCUUCCAACUUGUCUAAGUUUUCCCACAAUAGCUCCGUUUCAAGACUCCGAUUAUCUCUUCAGCAACGCUUUCCUAGUGGUGAACACUGAUUGAAGACCGAGCUUCUGGAUAGCAAUGGGACCUGGUGGACCGGGAGGAGGACCAGGAGGUCCCGGAGGCGGCUUUGGGCCUGGGGGUCCAGGAGGUCCUUGGGGCCCUGGAUUUGAAGGGCCAGGAGGACCUGGAGGCUUUGGUCCCGGUCCUGGAGGUCCUUGGGGACCUGGAUUUGGAGGUCUUGGUGUUUGGCCUGGUGGUUUCUUUGGCGGCUUUGCUGAUGGUUUGUGCAACAUGAUAUCUUCAUGCUUCUACUGCCUCUGUUGUUGUUGGCUACUACAAGACUGCUUCGGCGGACUCCGUGGCUAUGGCCCUCCCCCUUUCUAAUAAUCUGCUGCCUGCUGCCCUGCUAAACUUUACUAUCUAGCAACUGCUUCUUAUUGUUGUUUGUUUUCCCUACUAAUUUCGCCUAUUUCCCUGUAAACUUUUGUCAGCGUUCAUAAAUGAUGUUAUAGACUGGUUGGAAUUUCCUUGUUU